UGCCGCCAUGGCGGGGACCGGGAGCGCCGCCGCCGCCGCGCGCGGGCUGGCGCGCGUGGGAGCGGGAGCGCGCGCCGCGGGGUCCGCGGGGCCCGGAGCCGCGCGGGGGGGGAGCCCGUACAUGGGGUGGAGGCGGCUGCUGGGCCCCAAGGAGACACUGAGGCUGUUGGAGGGCUCCGUGGUGCACCGGGAAGGAGCCGUGCUGGCACUGAACAAGCCCCCAGGCCUCCCCGUCCUGGGGCGCCCUGGGGACCUGAGCCUGGAUGCACUGCUGCCAGCACUGAGACAACGCCUGGGCCUCGCUGCUGAGCUCCACGUAGUGAAGGCUCCUGCCAGGGUGUAUUCUGGCCUUGUCCUCCUGUCCAGCUGCUACCACACCACUAAGAAGCUCCAGCAGUUCUUCACCAAUGCUCGCUUGAGAGGCCAGUACCCUGCCACAUAUCGUGCCAUCACCGUGGGAAUCCCAACGGAGGUGGAGGGUGAGAUCCACACUGGGCUGUGCUGGCAGCAGCAUGGGGACAGAGCCAUGGUGGUGCCAGUGCCGGCCCCAGGACGCCGCAGUCUGGCCAGGAAGGAUGUGAAGAGCACCCUGACGCGCUACCGGGUGCUGGGCACUGUGGGGGGCUGUGCCCUCCUCCAGCUCCAGCCUAGGACGGCCUUCCCAGAACAGCUCCAGGUGCACCUGACACUGCUGCUGUGCCCGGCCCUGGGCGACCACAAGCACUCUUCCCGUGUGGGCAGGGUGCUGGGAGUGCCCUUUCUGACCCCUGAGACCGCCCUGACCAACACACAGGUGCUGGACAAGGAGUUGCUGUCCCGGCUGGGCCUUUCUCCACAGCAGCUCCAUUACCUCCCACUCCACAUCCACCUGCAGGAGCUGGUGUUGCCUGAGGGCCCCCUCUGUGCCCCCCCACCACCCCACUUCCUGCACACUCUGCGCUGCCUGGGGCUGCCUGAGCACUAGGAGCCCUAGUGCUGCAGGGGGACACCCACUCCACCCUUUUGCUCUCUGCCACCCCAUUAAAAUCCCCCCCGGCUGCCUGGGUA